AUUUUUCUUUUCAAUUAAAAAUUUAAAAAGGAGUUGAGACAUUCUGUUCUUCACCUUCUGCAGGCUGAGCCUUUUCCGAAUCGGCCUAUACAUAUCUUUAAAUUGAUACUGGUUGCAUAAUUGGUCCAAUGCCUUCUGUUAAUUCUUCUCAGUGGCAGGAGAAGGCUAGUGGUUUCUUUYCUUCAUCAGGAGUAAAGCUGAAAGAAGCUGGACAAUCAGCUGGAACUUUUGUUGGGGAAGUUGCAAAGGAUGCAAAAGGAAAUGCUGCUGAUGUGGCUGAACGAGUUGGUUCUUUGUUCAAGAGUCGGUGGGCACUCCUGCAGCAGCCAGCUACAAGACAUGCUGUGCAAGAACGUCUAAUAUCUGCUGCUGCUACUACUGGCACAUUUUUCAGGAAAGGCGUGUCAGAUACAAAGGACAAAGUUGUUGUGGGGAAAGUAAAAGUUGAAGAGGUUGCGAAAAAGACUGCACAAAAGAGUAAGACAAUUUUGACAGAUAUUGAACGAUGGCAGAAGGGGGUUGCAAGUACAGAUGUAUUUGGAGUUUCAAUUGAGGUAACUGUACAGAGACAACAAUCGAGUAGGGUUAUUCCACAUAUUCUAAUUAGAUGUGCAGAUUAUCUCAUCUUAUCAGGGCUAAACUCACCAUUCCUGUUCAAAUUUGACGGAGACAAAAGGGUUCUUCAGCAAUUGGUGUCAAUGUAUAAUCAAGAUUCCAAUGCCCCACUACCUGAGGGUGUAAGUCCAGUUGAUGUAGCAGCUUUUGCUAAAUGUUACCUUGCCAGUCUUCCUGAGCCACUAGUCACAUUUGAGCUUUACAAUGAGAUCAGGGGUGCACGUUCAAGCAUAAAUGACCUGCGAAACAUUUUGAAGAAACUUCCGAAUGUGAAUUUCAUGACCUUGGAAUUCAUUACUGCACUAUUUCUCCGCAUUAGCCAAAAAGCAUUGCUCAAUAAGAUGGAUGCUCGCAGCCUUGCUAUGGAAAUGACUCCUAUAAUAAUGUGGCAAAAGGACAGGCGGCCAGAGUUCUACCGAGAAUAUUGGGAUUAUCAUUCUAAAACUUCUUCUGCAAAGACCUUAAAUACACCACCUACCUACAGUUCAUGGGACUUGCUUUCAGAAGAGAGUGACACAGAUGCUUCCUCUCACAUUCCUUUGGAUGAUGCCAUGUCGGUCGACUGUAGUGCCAUUGAGGUCAUUCAGUGCCUCAUAGAACAUCAUAAUGAAAUCUUUACUGAUGCUAACGAAACAAUCUGGAGAUGAAUCAGCAGCACUCUUUUUUUUACUCGGCGCCAAUUAUUCUUGGAUGAAUUCUGAUGCAAGUCUAUCUCUUGGAGACAGAUUUAUAUCUGAGAGAUUUUUUUUUCUUAGUUCAAUUGACCAGGUAGCAUUAACCUUGAAAUUUGUUCGGAUGCACAGAAUGGAGAACAUUUAGGAUGGCUUUAGUUAAAGUUUUCAAGGUUUAUGUAAUAACCUACCAGGAUUUGCUUCUACGUUAACUUACUGAUUUGAAGGUAGACAUUUCAGUUGUACAUACAACUAAAACUGCUAUUAUCUUGGCGUGUGAAUAAUAAUUCUAUUUACAGUAGAAGAAUUGACUUCAUUCUACUUCACAGAAGAACAAGUUUCUGUAAUUGACUACGAUUGUGUUGAACACUUGAAACUUGUGUAUGGUUGAGGAAA